AUGAUUGAGGGAAUGGUGAAAGAUGGUGUUAUUGAACCUUCAUCUAGUCCAUGGUGUUCACCUGUGGUGCUGGUAAAGAAGAAGGACGGCAGCAUGCGGUUUUGUGUUGACUACCGCCGCCUGAACGACGUUACGAAGAAAGACAGCUAUCCCUUGCCAAGAAUUGAUGACACGCUGGACAUACUUACAGGCGUAAAGUGGUUUAGUACGCUGGACCUGAAAAGUGGCUACUGGCAGGUUGAAAUUGAUCCUAAGGAUAAGGAGAAAACUGCAUUCUCCACAGGAAAGGGUCUGUGGCAAUUUAAUGUCAUGCCGUUUGGAUUGUGCAAUGCUCCAGCAACGAUUGAAAGAUUGAUGUAG